CCCCCUCUCUUGCCUGUAAUAGGAGUGGGGAUUCCAUGUGUCAAUCAGUUGGAGCUUCUCAUGCAUCCAUGGUGGAUACUUGGCAAAACCUUCAAAUUCUGAAUUCUGAAUGUGUAUGGGCUCAUGGAAAGGAAGGAAGGAAGGAAGGAAGACCCUCUUUCUCUGCAAGAGCAAGAGCUGCUACUGUCGUUCCUCUCAUCUUCAGACCCUUCACAUCAGUCUCCUCUUACUGCCGUGCGCCUUCCUCCACUGCCGGGAUGGUCUCCGCUUCUUCCCCUUCUUCUUUCGAACCUUCCCCAGGCUCUGCUUCCUCUUCUUUCGAUAAAUUGUCAUGCAAGAUAGCCCGGCCGAAAAGGCGAAGCAGCGCGGGGUCGGUCCAGCCGCAGGCCAUGCUCCAACUCCUCGAAGAUCGAUACCAGAGCGUCGAUAGAGUUUCCCAAUAUCAGCAAGCGAGGACUCGAAGGAAGCAGAUACUUAGUCCGUGGAGGAGUGCUCCCUUCACUCGGCGUCGCAGGUAUCAAUUAUCCAAAAAGAAGUUUUACAGGUUUCGUCAGUGAACCUUGGAAUUUCGGAAGGUCGAGAUGUGUGUGUGAGUUCUGUGGGCCUCUUCACUGGUAUGAGGAGAGGUGAAGAAAACAUAAGCAGCACAGAAAUCCGAAAUUCUUCAUGUGUUGCAUGGAAGGGCAAGUGCAGCUGCCACUUUUGAAGCCCCCUCCUACUUUACUGCAACACUUACUUGAAUAUCGCAAUAAUGGAAUCGCAGCAGCUUUUAGGCGUAACAUUCGAGCUUAUAAUGCAUCCUUUUCUUUUACAUUAAUGGGAGGUAGAGUAGACAAUGAAAUCAAUAGGCGUCGUGGCCCUUACACAUUUCGCUUGAAUGGGCAGAAUUACCACCUUCUUGGUUCUCUUGCCCCUUUGGAUGGUAUGAAGGCUCAAUUCGCACAGCUGUACAUACACGAUACAGAAAAUGAGAUUGCAAACAGGUUGG